AGGGGCCGGGUCGAAGCCCGCGCCCGGCGCGGAGCGCAGGACAGUUCUCGGUAGCAGAUCCGCUGGCCGGCCCCUCGGAUCCGUCCCAGCCAUGGCCCCACGGUGCUGGCGCUGGUGGCACUGGUGGUCGGCGUGGCCUCGGACCCGGCCGCCUCCCGCCGGGAGCACCCCGGGCUCCUGCCAGCGGUUCUCCACGCAGGAACAGACCCCCCAGAUCUGCGUGGUGGGCAGCGGCCCAGCCGGCUUCUACACUGCCCAACACCUGCUAAAGCACCACAGCCGGGCCCACGUUGACAUCUACGAGAAGCAGCUUGUGCCUUUCGGCCUGGUACGCUUUGGCGUGGCACCUGACCACCCCGAGGUGAAGAAUGUCAUCAACACCUUCACCCAGACGGCCCACUCCGACCGCUGUGCCUUCCACGGCAACGUGGCCGUGGGCAGGGACGUGACCGUGCCAGAGCUGCGGGAGGCGUACCAUGCGGUGGUGCUGAGCUACGGAGCAGAGGACCACCGGGCUCUGGAGAUUCCCGGGGAGGAGCUGCCCGGAGUGUUCUCGGCCCGGGCCUUUGUGGGCUGGUACAACGGGCUUCCUGAGAACCGGGAGCUGGCGCCGGACCUGAGCUGUGACACAGCCGUGAUCCUGGGCCAGGGGAACGUGGCCCUGGACGUGGCCCGGAUCCUGCUGACCCCACUUGAGCACCUGGAGAAAACAGACAUCACCGAGGCGUCCCUCAGGGUACUGAGGCAGAGUCGGGUGAAGAUGGUGUGGAUAGUGGGUCGACGUGGACCCCUGCAAGCGGCCUUCACCAUAAAGGAGCUCCGGGAGAUGAUUCAGUUACCAGGAACCCGGCCCAUUUUGGAUCCUGCGGAUUUCUUGGGCCUCCAGGACAGAAUCCAGGAGGCGCCCCGGCCCAGGAGGCGGCUGACGGAGCUGCUGCUCCGAACGGCCUCGGAGAAGCCAGUGCGGGAGGAGGCUGCCGGCCAGGCGCUGGCCUCCCGAGCCUGGGGUCUCCGUUUUUUCCGAAGCCCCCAGCAGGUGCUGCCCUCACCAGACGGGCGGCGGGUGGCAGGCAUCCGCCUGGCAGUCACCAGGCUGGAGGGCACCGGCGAGGCCGCAUGCGCAGUGCCCACUGGGGACACGGAGGACCUCCCUUGCGGCCUGGUGCUGAGCAGCGUCGGGUAUAAGAGCCGCCCCAUUGACCCCAGCGUGCCCUUUGACCCGAAACUUGGUGUCAUCCCCAAUGUGGAGGGCCGGGUCGCGGACGUGCCAGGCCUCUACUGCAGUGGCUGGGUAAAGCGGGGACCCUCGGGGGUCAUCGGCACUACCAUGACCGACAGCUUCCUCACCAGCCAGACGCUGCUGCAGGACCUGAAGGCCGGGCUGCUGCCGUCUGGCCCCCGGCCUGGCUACUCGGCCAUCGAGGCCCUGCUCAGCAGCCGAGGGGUCCGGCCCAUCUCCUUCUCGGACUGGGAGAAGCUGGACGCUGAGGAGGUGUCGCGGGGCCAGGGUGCUGGGAAGCCCAGGGAGAAGCUGCUGGACCCUCGGGAGAUGCUGCGGCUGCUGGGGCGCUGAGCCCAGGCCCCGGCACAGCAGGGUGGGAGAGUGCUGUUCAGGGGCCGGGGCCGGGCCAGUCGGAGCGGACUCUGUAGCCCAGCUGCCUCCCCGGCCCGCCCUGGCACGGGGCCUGGGCUGCCUCUGCCAGGGACCAGUGUGCACUACCUCCUGCCAGAAGGAUGCCCUCGCCGGUGUUGGUUUAACCCUCGGCAAGGAGAUGACCCCAGUUAGGGAUCGGUGGAGGUGCGGGCUGACCUUCCUCCCUCUCCCCUCUCCCGCUGGACUGUGGAGGGUCACCGGGUCCAGAAUAUGCCGGAAAUAAAACAGCUGCAACCGAGGGCCAAUGGU